UGCCAUCCUCUACCCUCGAAGCGCCCAAAGUUUACGGGGAAUGACGAAUUCAUUCAAAACGUGGAGCAGUUAACAGCUGUCGUGGCGUCCUCUAAUCGUUGCCAGCGGGGCCACAACGUGCCCGCGUGGUGCGUACGUGUGGCACCGCUUACGAAAAUGAGCGCAUGCAUAGCAAUCCUAACACAUCACAAACCGCUGCCCAGCACACUGGCCCAUGUGAAACGAGCUUUCGUUAAACCUCAAGGCAAAGACCAGGUUGGCAGGGUACUGCUGGGUCUUGCCGGAACAAGCUUUACAGAACGCGACGCGAUCGAUUGCAUAACCAAAUUGUGUGAGGUUACCAGUAUAUCGAGACCUCACUUAGAGACUUGUUGGGUGCCCCUUUCUCCACCACAUUCACGUCAGCAACAAGAAUUACUGUCCUCUCUCAUCAAGAGUUCUAGUAACUUUCGAAGUUGGCCCACAAACUUCCACCCAAACGCAACCCUCGAAUCACUCCUUGCUCAUGGGUGUUUGAAUAGCAGCACUAAUGACGCCAAGUCUUACUUCUCUCCGAAGGAUGUUGAAUGGCAUAACCACUGGAUUCGGCGAGCUGUCGAACUGACCAAGACCGGUUCUCAGAAUUUGAGGAACGCCUCCUGCGAUCCUGACAACCCGCACUUAAUAUGUGCCUGCAUCAUCGUUCGACCGCAGAAUGUGACGAAUCGAAGCCCCGCUGAAUUUCAACCGCUGGCUGAGGCUGUGUCCACGACAGGGAGUUCAUGCAUCGACCACGCCGUCAUGCUCGCAUCCAGUCAGGUCGGUCGACUCAAUCUUGACCAGAGGAAGCAAGCAUUCAGCGACCCCAAAAACGGGACGGACAAUGGGAGUAAUUACCUAUGUACCGGGUGCGAUGCGUACGUCUCAACGGAGCCCUGUUUGAUGUGUGCCAUGGCCCUACUCCAUGCUCGCAUCGCGCGAGUCUUCAUCGCACGCCGCCUUCCCUCGGCAGGUGGACUGUGCAGCCGAUGGAAAUUGUCACUUGUAAACGCAUUAAACCAUCAUUUCCUUGUAUUUGCGCCGCCUGAAGUAUAA